ACCUCACCCAGUCUUUCUCUCACCUGAUACCGAUAAUGUCUGUUGCUAGGCACCUGGGCCAAAAGACAGACUCGAUCAGAAGGCAUCAGGAAUAGAGCGAACCCCCCGCUCUUCCCUCGGUGACAAGUCAUUUUUGGAAGUACGCGCAGUGUUUGUGAACCUGCUCAAUAGUUAUAACAUUAACAUUGCAGGCUGAUGCUACGCGAUGUCACGACGAGUUCGGGGGUCAUGUCGAUGAACUCCCACCUAGAUUUUUUGACAGCAUGGAAGCCGAGGUCCAUUCCUCCGAAACAGGUGCCCACCCUCAUUCCUCUGCGAGUGCACUCCUCUCUCGCCUUUGCUCGCUCCUUCACCGCUUUCGACACGAAAAUGCUGAAGCGACCGAACUUUCCCAAACCCCAACGCCUUCCAGGUUCCAUCCACGUAUGCUCCUCGGUCGCCUUUCAUCACUCGUUCACCGUUCACCACUUGAAGAUGAUGCAGCAAAUGAUCUUCAGCAACCCUUCACGCCUUCGCGUUUAGAUCCAUAUGUGCUCCUCGCUCGACUGUCCUCGCUGUUACCCCGUUUUCGACUCAACACUGACGAAGAAACCGAACCUCAUCCCACAACACAUUCGGGUUCACGUCCAGAUGCACUCAUCGGUCGUUUGUCCUCACCCUUCCGCUCUCAACCUCACACCAGCCAGGAAAUAGAACUCCCGCAACGCCCAUGGCGUCCUCAUGUUGUCGAAGUGGCUCCAAUGCGGGACAGGGAGGUAUUGUUUGUUGCUCCGCGGUCGCCACCAGAUCGUCCACACGCUCAGCCUAAUGAUACUGCCACGCCAGGUGUAAGACCUGCGUAUCCACUUGCCCUCCGAUUAUUGGCCCAUCUCGUGCUUUUUCUCUGCUGUGCGUCUCCUCAACACGCCAAUGGAAAUGUACAACCAACACAGCAGCAGCAAGAUCAAUCACAAGCUCCGUUCCAAACCCAGGAGUCGUCACUGCAGACUCAGCCAACCGCCCCCUCGACGUCCACGAUACCUACUGCUCUUGACAAUCGCACUACCGCUCCAGGUGCGGCAAGCGCGUAGCCACGACCCCUUUCAUUGCAAACCUGUUUCAUUCUUUGUCUCUGCUGUACAUCUUCCCUACACGCAGAUGUGCACUCACUACAGCACGCGGAUACCUAUCUCAUCCGUCUCGUUUUUUUAUAAUCACUAUUGUCUCGAAUUUGUCAAAAAUGUCGGGUUGCCUUUGAAAAUGCU